AUUCCUUUUUCAAUUAAUAAUUUAGGAUUUCAUUAAAUAAAAGAACGCAAUUAAGUUCUUUGGCCAAUUGUUAGAUGAACUCCUCAAACUUUGAUAAUCAAGAAAUAAAUUUGUGAUAUUUCUUUUAUUUUAAUAUAAUUGGAAACAAAUCUCCAAAUAAAGUGUUCAAAUUUCAAAUCUCUUCAAUUCCUAUACAAUAUUUCUUCCUUUAAAACAAAAUUACAUAAAAAUUUGCUCUUUUUUCCCAUGUUUGAUAUAAUAACAUAUACAUGUUACAUGACAGGUGCUGUAUGACAUGAUAUAUAUUAUAGGAACGAAAUAUUGACACUAUUAUAUUAGGAGGAAAAAAAUAAAUACAUAAAAGAUAUGAUAAUCUGAUCUAUUCAUCAGAUUGAUUGCCAUUUGGGGUAAUCUAAACCUCAAUUUUCUCCAAACUGCCCUGGAAACUCUCUCAGCCCAUUGAACAUUUCUAUCUCACCUUCUAAAACCUAAGAUCUCUCUCCCUCUCUCUUUCAAGCAUACAUUUUCUUCUUUUUCUUCAUUUUUCUCAAUAUUGGUUUUGUUCACAAUAGCAGAAGAAGAGUCCUGAACAUUUAGCCACAGCACAAAAUGGCAAACUCUGCAUCUGGGGUUGGUGUGGUUGAUGAAUGCAAGUUGAAAUUCCUGGAGCUGAAGUCCAAGAGGAACUACAGAUACAUUGUGUUCAAGAUUGAUGAGGCAAGCCAGGCUGUAGUGGUUGAAAAGCUUGGGAGCCAUGAGGAGACUCAUGUCCAAUUCGCUAACAGCAUGCCUCCAAACGAGUGUCGCUAUGCUGUUUAUGACUAUGAUUUCACCACUGAUGAGAACUGCCAAAAGAGCAAGAUCUUCUUUGUUGCAUGGGCACCAGAAACCGCUCCAAUUAGGAGCAAGAUGGUGUAUGCAAGCUCGAAAGACAGGUUCAGGAGAGAGCUCGAUGGCGUGCAGGUGGAGUUGCAGGCAACUGAUGCCAGUGAGAUGAGCUUGGAUACCUUCAAAGGGAGAGCCUACUAAAAGUUUUACCUCCAUCGCGGCGUUUUAGUCUUUUUCGUUACUUCAUAAACAUCUCAGUUUCUGGGAUUUUCUGCUGGUUAAUUAGUUCUGUCUGAGGAUAAGAUGAGAUUAUCCACUUAUUUCUCCUGAAAGUUUUUUUGUAUUUGAACAUUGUUUUUGUCAUUUUUUGUUUUGUAUAUGUUAAGGUCAAUCAUAUAAUGCCUUUCAUUUUACCAA